AUGCAACGUUAGGAUUUGGUAACGGUUUGCGUUAACCUGAUCACAACAGAAUUGUGUUGUUUGGCCCAACGUUUAUUAUAUUCAGACUGAAAACUGUGAAUCCUGACAACACGCGACUAUUUUUCUACUCGCUGAAAAUGCCUUCGAAGUAUGUGCCACUUGUGAGAGACGCCAUCCGUUUGCUGGAUAAGUUCGUUGCGAGCAGGCAGUGUCUUGACGAUUUUAUAGAAGACAUCUCUAAGGAUCUGCAGAGCCUGGAUCCCCAGCAUAUGAAUUUCAUUCUCGACACAGUUUCUGGGUGUAUUGAGCACAAACCAUUACUUGAUGUUGUUGUCAGCCUCUUUUAUAGGAGUCCAGAAAGCGUGUCCCAAAGUGACUUCAGCAUGUAUCAUAUUGUCUGCUAUCUCACCAUCUGUUUUUUGGAUCAACUGGGACUGAAGUGUUUUGGCAGCAUCGUCCAAUCCCUUGGUGUUCGCAAAGUACAGACAUUCUUACUUUUCUUAUUCUCAAAUCUCACCACACUGGUUCAGGAGAAGUGGAUGGGCAUUUAUGAUGCUGAACAUGUCCAGAAACAGUGGAUAGAGCCUACUCUCAGGUGGCGUCCUGAGAUAAUUGCUCUCCUGGAGCAGCUGGCAGUGAAAGCAUCAUGUGUGAGUCAGCUGAGGAAGGCUCCCACUAAAACCACUGAACCUCAGGAGUUUGCUCUGACCAGACCAAAGCUCAGAGCUUUCCCUGUUCCUGAGAUCAUCCCUGAGCUGGACAAAGUGCGGCUGGUGCCCAGAACCACCUACAAGGUUCCAAAAGAAAUGAAAAUCCUAGAAAAUAUCAAACAUAAUAACCAACAAAAGAAUGAGAGACUGCUGUAUAAGGUCAAUAAUGGCAAACCGUUUGGGUCUAGGAGUCCACACAAGUUCAAACAUUAUCAGAAAGUGGUGUCUGAGAUAGAGGAAAGCUUCAAUUCUAAGCUAAAGUUUAACUCCUUCCAUUCUACACAACUUCCAACUACAACAAAACAGUCCAGCUGGCAUAUUAAGAUGAACAGUGCAGCUAUCUUGAGACAGGGGGCGCUGGUUGAUCGUCAGCUCAAACAGGAGCUUCAAAGAAUGCAGUGUCUUGUGGAAGGGGCACAGGAGCCUUCUGCUUUCCUGCACUGGCAAAAUGAAAUGCGCGAGAAGGACUUGCAGGAACAGUUAGCUAAAGUGGAAUGCAGACGACUAGAAGGUUGCAUUAGCCAUGAAGAGGCAGUCUUGUGCCGCUCCCGUCUUACAGCCCAGAACCAUGCAGCUGCACAGCUCAAGAAAGAGGAGGCAGCAAAGUUGAUGCACAGAUACGCUGUGAAGAGGCUUCAGGAGGAGAAGGAGAUGAAAGAGUUAGUACAACAAGUGUCAGACGGUCACAAGAAUGCCAAAGCUGCUAAAAAAAAGCUGCAUGCAAUGAAACAAAAGAUUGUAAAAGAGGUCUCUGAGGAGAGUCAAGAACACCUGCGCAGAGCAAUGACAGACGCCCAGGCAGAAAUGAUCAGAAAAUGUGACAUUAUUCGUAAAAUUCAUGCUAUUGAAUCUACAUCUCGCCCCAGAAGUUGCAGUUUUAAUGACAGAGGGACUGGAGGCCAUGAGCUGCUGGGAGAGAUGUCUCUGUGUGAGCUCAGAGAGCGGCUGGCUCUUCUGAAGGAGGCCCAGUCGGCAGAGAGGCUACAGCGGCAACAGAACAUCCACCAGCAGAGGGACAGGAGGAAACAAAUGCUCCAACACAAGCUGCACACUAUCCAGCUCCACAAUAAUGCACUAAGACAGGCCACAGCCAGCAGGAAGGAGCAGACAAAGCCGCUCCAGAGUUGUUCACAGAAGGUCACUGUAGAUGAGUCCGUCGUGGCUUUGCAGAAGAGGCUGGAGGAGAAGAAACGGGAACGCAACUCACUCAGGGACGGGGACAAGAGCAGCAGCAGACCAUCUCACACUGGAGGGUCAUUCAGCAGUGGGAGCUGUGAGCCGAGGGACUGGGGGGAACUGGAGCAGAUGUUAGCGCAUCAGAUAGAGAAGCACAGCUCUGUUUCUCUAAUGUGACAUACUAGUUCUACUGGAAGCUUCUAUUGGACAUCAUGGAGACAACUUUGUUUAGGCCUGAGUUAAGACUAGGACUUAUGUUGGUUUAGUCCUGGUUAAUAUUGUAAAGCCUUAAAGAUUUGCAUAAUGGCACUUUUAAAGACUCGUUGUGAUUUGUGUGUUUCAUACCAGUAAAAUAAAUGG